AUGGGCAUGGCCGCCAAGUCGAUGCCGAUCCGCUGGGACAUCCUCCUCUACCGGUACCAUCCUCGGCGACUCUCGCCGGCGCAGCUGCUCGUCGCUGCGGCGGCCCUCCUUGUGCUCUUCCAGUACAAUGUGGUCUACUCGCGCACCAUGUACCACCAGGCCCACAAGGCGCCGCAGCCGGUGUAUGGCCAGCCGAUCGCCAAGAUCGUGCACCAGAGCUGGGUCUCGCUCGAGACGAUCCCGGCGUCGGUCAAGAAGCACAAGACGGUCGAGUCGUGGAAGGCGCUCAACCCGAGCUACCAGUACCGCUUCUGGUCGGACGACGACAUCCCGAUCUUUGUCGCGCGCCACUUUCCCGAGUACGCGAUUCUCUUCCAGCGCUUUCCCGUUGACAUUAUGCGCUCGGACUUUUUCCGGUACCUGGCAGUCCUCAAGUACGGCGGCGUCUGGAGCGACAUUGACACGCUCUGCCUCCAGCCCAUCGACAAGUGGGCACCGACAAUGGCGCCGCGGGGCGUGAGCAUGAUGAUCGGCGUCGAGCUCGAUGCGUCCGACGUGCUCCUCGACUGGUGGAGCCUCCAGCUGCAGUUUACGCAGUGGACGUUCGCAGCUGCGCCCAACCACCCGAUCAUGCGGCACGUCGUCGAGUUCAUCUACCAGCGCUUCAAGGCCAUGCCAAACAUUCCGACACACGUCCACAUCGUCACGGGCCCGUCGAUCUGGACGGAAGCCAUUCUGGACUACUUUGCCAAGACGACCGGCGUCUCGUCGAUCCACGGAUUCCGCUUUCUCAAGGAGCCGAUGCUGCUCGGGGACGUCGCCAUCAUGCCCGUGACGUCGUUCAACCCGACGAACCCGCCGAUGGGCGGCCGAGGCAUCGCUGACCCCGCGUCGCUCUCGGCGCACCUCUUUCUCGGUUCGUGGAAGGAGUAG